GAUCACGUCCCAAUAUUUAACAUAAUUGCAAUUCCACCCCAAAUGCACCGACUACAUAAAUACUGCGGAUAAUGUUGGGCCGUAAUAUUCGUGAAAAUUCAUCUUCAACGGACUGUCAACGGCGCACACAGAUUGCGGUUGAGAUCCGCUCAGUCCAACCUCGAAUAGCCAUAAAAGGAAAUCAAGAUUCUAGAAAGAGAGGAUGAAAUCCCUGGCCAUUUUCUUCUCUCGAGCCCGACGCGCCGACCAGAAUCCGGAACUCAUUCAUAGCCGGAAUGGUGAGACUAGCGGCGGAGGAGCGGCGGCGACGGCGCCGACAGACGGCGAAACGGCUCCGUCUGGAGAAAGGGAAACGAUUGCGGCGGUUGGUGACGGGGAUAGGGACGAGAGGUCGUCGCCUGGCGAGGGGGAGAAUAAGCGAGAAUUGAUGGACAAGCCUCCGUCCGAUGACGUCUGUCCUAUAUGUUUCGGGGACUUUGAUGUCCCGUGCCGAGCUCCUUGCGGUCACUGGUACUGCGGGGGUUGUAUUCUGCAGUACUGGAACUUUAGCGCUGCACUGAGGCCGUGCAAGUGCCCCAUGUGUUCGCAGCUUAUAACGAAGUUGACACCGGAGGCAUCAUUUUGUAACAGACCUGAAGUGGAAAUUAGUAAGGUUCUACGCAAUGUUGGGGACUAUAACCGCUUGUUUGUGGGAGGCAUUUGUGGAUUUAUGCUGAAAUUUCUUGCUAUUCCAUUGUAUAUGAAGAGAAUGUUCCGUGAGAUGUUGAAUCCUGACAGACCUGGUCUUUAUCUCCAUGAAAUGAGAAUGCUUGCAUUGUUCCUUGGAGUUCUGUACUCACUCACCCCCUUUGAUUUCCUCCGAAUAGGCCAUCGAAAUAUCAUAGAUGUGUUUGACUACUCUGCCUUUGCUCUCUCGUUUGUGUUCUACCUAGUCGGGGCCUACCUUCGCAGAAGGCGCAGGAGAAAUGUUAGGGAGUUAAUCGACUUGCAAGAGGUACAAGAUUGACUUGCUACUAUAAUCAUGUCCUACUAGCCCGGACUUAAAUCACUGCUUUACAAAAAUUACAAAUGAGUAAUCAAGUAAAUAAACAAGUAAAAUCUUGUGUAGUUGGAACACUCGUGUACAAACAAGUGUUGGUGGAUGGAUAAAAUGUGUUUUUCCGGAAUAGUAGCAGAUGUUAGCUCACGUUUUUGUGUCUAUGUUGGUGUUGGAUGAGUUUAGGAUAUGCUUGUUGCUACUAUUAGCUUCCUUCGUCUUUCUCCUCGUUUUGUUUCAUUUAACUAUCAUAUUGUUUUUCGAGUAUGCUUGCUUUCACAUUUUUAGGCAAACUUGGUCAUGUAGGGCAGGAGGAGUUUCCUGUAGAAUAACUUCUUCUGAAUUAACUCUACUUACUGUACAUUUUGUAAAUAUAUGUGCUGUUGUAUCAGUGUGUAUUUCUAUAACACUAUUUCUGCUGUAAGACUUUCUAAUGGUUAGAUAGACAUACAUUUUUAACAUACGUACUUAUUCUAUUGAGU